UGCAGAAAAGAAAAUUCUUAAAAAGUAGAACAAAAAGGUGGCCAGAAGAGGCCUUCUGCAUCAGCUAAAGGCCCUUUGAAGAAAACAAAAAUCAUUGAAGAACAAUCAAAGGAGGAAAAUGAAGAAGAUGAUAAAAGUAAUACUGAUAGUGGAUCAGACAGUGAGGAUCCAGCUUUUGAUGCUGAAAAAGAAGAAGAUGAAGAAAGUGAGGAGGUGGAAGUAGUUCAAGAAAAGAAAACAACAUUGAAAAAACCAAAAGCUGAAGAAAAAAGAAUGGUUCUGUAUGAGAGGGAACCAAUAAAAAAGAUUGUGAAGAGGAAAACUGAAUUUUCAGUGGCUAAAAAAAAAGAAGAGGAGGAAGAAAAGAAUGAAGAGGAAGUUGGAAGUUCGACAAGAGGAGGCCAUGUCAAAUUCAUGCAUUGGGUUAAGAAAAUGAGUGAUACACAGAAGAAAUUAGUGCAUGAAAUAGGACUGGGGCCGUUGUUGGAUAUAGAACUUCCUCAGCUUGACAAACAAUUCAGCCAUUGGGUUUUAGAUAGCUUUGAAGUCAGUAGUUGUAGUUUUGAGCUGCCUAAAGGUGAGAAAAUUGAAAUUGAGGUGGAGGAUGUGAUAAUUGUAUAUGGUUUGCCAAUGGGAGACAUUCCCAUUGUUGAAGCCAAAUCAGACAGAGCAAGUGAAGAUUUUGGUGUGUUUAUAAAAAAUUGGAGGUCAAAAUGGCAAGGCAAAACACCAUCUGUAAACCAAAUUAUUGCUCAAUAUACAAGUGAUAAAUUCAAAAACCAAAGGCCAGCAGAAGAAGAUUUUCUCACCAACUUUUUGGUAGUUGUUGUGAAUUGUUUGAUGAAGUGUAUUUCAAACAACCAAUGCCAUUUCAAGUUUCUGUUUUCUAUGAUGGACAAAGAAAAAAUAAAAAACUUGAAUUGGUGUCAGUACGUGUUUGACUCUCUCAUCAGUUGCCAUGUGACAUGGAGAAAGAGUGGAGGAAAAGGAUUCUACAAUGGACCACUGCAAUUUCUGAUGGUAAGUUUACAACACACAAUAGUAAAUUAUAAAAUGUUCAUUUUAGUAAUAAUGAAUGUUCAUUAACAAAAUGUUAAAUAUCGAUUUCGUCUAAAAUUUUAAUCUUUUAU